AUGUCUGUAUCACAUACUCCUCCUACAUCCCCUUCUGAUUAUCAGAAUUCCAGCGAUGGGUUCCGACCCCUCACACUCACUCCGGCAGAUCUUGCAGCUACAAUGUCGAUGGCUGUAUCUCGCAUCCAAGCAUCCAUCUCUCAAUAUCAGAUGGAGGCUACCCACACCGAGGAGCCUUCUGCUGCUUGGAUCAUGCACUUUAAAGCCGGGCUGCAAUGGGAGAUAGCUACUUUUGUGACUCCCCUCCUGCAGUACUCAGCUGCAAGGAACAUCAUUUUGGUUGUUCCGAGCCCGGUCACUCAUAUUCUUCGGUUGAUUCCCGAGCUCACCUGGAACAUGGUUCCGGACGACAUCUUUUCAUCCCACCUGUGCGAGUUCCAUGAUGUUGCAGAUCUGGGGGAUCCCUCCCGGAUUGUAUCAACCUAUGGAACUCAAUGGUGGACCGGACCAACUGCAAUCCCGAAGGAAUUAUGGGCAUGGGAUCAGGUAUUCGCCAAUUGUGUCUGUCACUACCAGCAUUGGCUAUCUGGCGUUGAGGACGAACAUCUUGUUGUUCCCGAGCAGGUGGCUGAAAGCUCGGUUGCAUCACUGAAGGCACUGAGGUGGAUGAGAGAACACCUCCUGACAGUGAUUGAGUAUCAACAAGAUGGCAUCCGUGAAAAGAUGGCCGAGAUUCAGAUGUACACAGCCAUCCUAACCAAAUUGAAGCCAAGGGGACCAGAGUAG